UUUAAAAACCCUUCAGAAAUUUCAUUUUAUUUUCUGUUGCUGGCAGUACCGCCGUCUUUACACCUCUGAUCGGAGCUUAGAAAUCCUCCGCCGGCAAUCAUGGGUAUUUCUAGGGAUUCCAUGCACAAGAGGCGUGAAACUGGAGGAAAGAAGAAAGCCUGGAGGAAGAAGCGAAAGUACGAGCUCGGAAGACAGCCAGCGAACACAAAGCUGUCGAGUAACAAGACAGUGCGUAGAGUGAGGGUGCGUGGUGGUAAUGUGAAGUGGCGUGCGUUGAGGCUCGAUACUGGAAAUUUCUCUUGGGGGAGUGAGGCUGUGACCAGAAAGACCCGUAUUCUCGAUGUGGUUUACAAUGCGUCGAACAAUGAGUUGGUUAGGACAAAGACUUUGGUGAAGAGUGCUAUUAUUCAAGUUGAUGCUGCGCCUUUCAAGCAGUGGUACCUUCAGCAUUAUGGAGUCGACAUCUCUCGCAAGAAGAAGGCUGCUGUCAAGAAGGAAGGAGAGGAGGCUGAGGCUGCUGCCACCGAAGAGGCGAAGAAGAGCAACCAUGUGCAGAGGAAAAUUGAGAAGCGCCAAGAGGAGCGUAAAAUCGACACACAUAUUGAGGAGCAAUUUGGCAGUGGUCGUUUGUUAGCUGCCAUUUCUUCACGCCCAGGCCAGUGCGGCCGUGCUGAUGGUUAUAUUCUGGAGGGGAAGGAGUUGGAGUUUUACAUGAAGAAAAUCCAGAAGAAGAAAGGAAAAGGUGCAACUGCAUAAGCUGCUGUCUUGUGCUGAUUACGGAAGUUUUCCGAUCCAAACCCUUAAUUUCAUAUUUUAUGUUUAUCGUUCGAAAGAGUGGAACAAUAGUUUGGUUGAUCUUUUUAGAGUUAUAUUUCACAUUUCAUUUGUCACUGAUGUGAGGAUAAUCUUUUAAUUAGAGGCUCGAGUUUUGUUUUCUUUUUGGCUGAUUGAUUGCUUUGAUCUAUUGGCUGCGGACUUAGCUGUUGUAAGUUUUGUUUAUUUUGUUAAAUU